AUGCUCGGACAUUACUAGCAGAUUCAAAAUUUCAACCUUCCCGCUAGGCCUUUGCGCCACCAUCAUCGGCGGCAGCUAGACAUACGAUCUUGCUCGGCGGCGCUUUAAGAGGAUUGUGUCUAGCGUUUUGGCCAAAUUAUGAACUCUGUUGUCGCUACGGUUAGCGGAUACCAUGGAUCAGAGAGAUUUAAGCUUAUCAAAUUGAUAUCUCAAUCUGGUGCAAGUUAUGUUGGAGCAAUGAAUCACUCUACCACACAUUUGGUCUGUCGCAAAUUUGAAGGGAAGAAAUAUGAACUUGCCAGGAAAUUUAAAACGAUCGUAGUGAAUCAUCGAUGGAUUGAGGACUGUAUAAAGCAAGGCAGGCGUGUCUGUGAGCGUCCCUAUAUGAAGCACUGUGGGUCUGAGGUGGGGCCCUUGUUGUUGGAGAUCCCAGUUGUUGCUGAUGAAGUUAAAAGCAUGUUAGGCGAGGUAUCUACCACCUGCAAUUUCUCCAAGAAACCUGUGAUCGACGUUGAAUGUGGUGACAGUGGUGAUGAAGAUUGGACUGAUUCUUGGUUGUUGAAAGAGAAUCUGCUUCCUGAUGUAAGACGAAACAAGGAUCACAGAUUGAAGAAAAAAGGCACUAAAAGACACUCGAGGCAAGAUGUCUCGCUCACAAAUGGAUACUAUUUAGACGACUCUGCCUCAUUUGGCUUUAGAAGAAUAGAGACCAAGGACCUAAAUUGUCCUUCCUCUUCAGAUCCAGUGAAUAAUAAAAGGAGAAGCAACAGCAUAUCUGAAUCCUCCCGAGGAAGUCGUAAGCUAAUGCAUAAGAAUAUAUGUAAUGAGGUGAAUUCUUCUUCAGAUUCAGAGGAAGAUUUCCAACGUACAGAAUUUCACCACAAUUUUGUCGAUAUUAGUGAGCCUUCCAAAUAUUCUGGGAGGCAUGAAAGCAGAAGGCCUUACAAAACCAGGCUUCAUGAUCAUGCCAAAAGAAAAACUUUGAUCUUGGAGGAUCUUGAAAAGAAUGAAGAUUUGGGAACUUCUAAUUGUCAUGAUCCAACAUGUACUAAUGGCAUCUCGACUUCCUUAGGCAGGAAUUCUCUAGAUAAUUCUGCAGAAGUUGAUGAUGACUCUAAUGAAAAGGAGUAUAAUCCCAGAUUGUCUACAGCACUGCACUUGUCAUGCGUUAUAUGUUGGACAGAUUUUAGUUCAACUAGAGGGGUUCUGCCAUGUGGACAUCGCUUUUGUUUUUCAUGCAUACAGAAUUGGGCAGAUCAUAUGGCUUCUAUGAAAAAGGUUUCUACAUGUCCUUUGUGCAAGGCCAGUUUUUAUAGCAUACAGAAGAUGGAGGAUGCUGUAUCUUCUGAUCAGAAAAUAUACUCACAAACGUUUCCCAACGACACUUCGGCCACGGAUGUAUACAUUCUUCCACAAUGUGAAACAUCCACACUUCAGACUUUGCCUGUGGCGACACCGGUUUGCUACCAAUGCUGUUGCCGUGAACCGGAGGAACUUCUAAUAAAAUGCCAUAGUUGUGAGCUUCGCUGUGUUCAUUCGUAUUGCCUGGAUCCUCCACAAAUUCCGUGGGUAUGUGUCCAGUGCAAGGAUCUUCGUAUGCGGUAUGUCCGUUAAAUUUUAUGAAUGGUUACUGUUCAAAUUUCUUUUGGAUCCCUUUUAGUAAUAAUAGUAGUGUUACAUUGGAUAUGA